AUGGCCGCUUCGGAGUUGACCGCGAGUCUUUUCCACAAGCGCUGGUCCGCCUUGCCGAUUGGCUAUUGCGAUCGCAAUUUCUGGACCAACCUCGAGUCCUUUUGCGCGCCGUUCCUGACGACGAAGGCUAGCCCGUACGACCACCGCGAGUUUUUCUACUUAUGUAGCCCCGAGGUCGAGAUCAACAGCGCGAUCGAAAGCAUCCCCUCGGAGGUGCUCGAGGCGUGUAGCUCGACGCGGCAUUUAUUAACAAUGUUUAGUUUGUGGAACCCCUUCGCAUUGGCGGGGCUUCUUCAGGUUUCCAUUAGUACGGUCGUGGAGCAAUUGCUCCUCGGGGUGGAGAAGAAGUGGGUGGAGAUGUGUUUUGUCGUUUGCUGCGUCUCCUGCGGGUAUGAUAUCACGCAUUGCGCGAUGAUUAGGGAGCUCAACGCCGGGGGGCCGCGGUACGCCCCGAAGACCUACCGCUGCCCGAUUUGCACGGACUCCACCCCAAUCCACUCCUUAAGUGAUGUGUAUGUCUUUUUUAAGCUUAAAAACCUUCCCCCGGCUUUCAAUUGCGAGCAUUAUCGACUUUCCUGGACCAAAGUUGCCGAAAGUCAAAAGCUCGAGUCGAUUUUUUGUCCGUCCGGGGCGAAAUUUGCGGUGUCGCUUCAGCUUCCAGAAGGUCGCUAUCUUUUGGUGGCGUCUUUUAUUGGCGCGUUGUUGGAGCUCGAGGUCGAGGUCGGCUGUGAGGACCUCCCACAACGCGAGCGGACUCUCAUGCAAACGAUCGACUUGAAGAAAUACAUCUUAGUGCGUAAGAAGGAGUCCAAUCUCAUGCCGCAGUUCGACUUUCGUCAAAAAAUGAGUUUGCCAACGCUUAUGAAGCGAACGACGGUGACGUCGACGGGGAUCACGCCAUUGCGAAAUUUCUCCGCCCUGGGCUCUGAAUCCAUGGUGGGUCGACGGGAUCUUUUGACCGCGCUACGCUCGCACAACGCGCGGGCCAGCUUUUUUUCCAACACCAACGGUACCGGUACGGGGUUUGGCGAUCACGAAAGCAACGCAUCCAAAGCGUUAGGGGAGGAAACCCCAACCUUCGUUGAAACCCCCAUCCAGUGCCUGAAGCUGAAGCAUGGCAAGGUCAAAUUCAUCCUUGUCAAUGAUACCAGCUCAAGUGGGUUUGUGGAUCUUUUUGUCGGGUUUGAGCGUUGUGCUGAGUUUAGCGCCGAGGUCUACCCCACACAGCUGACGGUGUCGGAGUUUAUGCACUACAUCCCACGUGGCCUCCGCUCCAAAUUUAUACAGCAUUGCGUCCCCAAGUCUCCAACAACCAUCCCAACCGAGGGCAUCUUUGUUCGACAUUUCUUCGACCUGAGCUUGAAUUAUUUUAAGGAUCCGUACGUCGUGUCGGUGAUUCAAGAGGUCCACCGGUACUCCCUAGAAGAUCAUCAUGGACUUCUCCUUACCGUCAGUAAUGGCGGCACGUCCUAUGAUUCAUCCUUUUUUUCGAUCACGGCGGCAAUCGCGAGUAGUAUGAGUUUUUUUCAACGGGUUCUCUUGCGGUUGGGGGACGAUGUGGCGCUUUCCAUGCGUUGUAGUAUUAAUAACGCCUCGAUGCAUCUUACCACUUACCAGGUGCAGUACAACGACGCGGACAACAUGCGCUCUGCCUAUCCGGAUGCCCAAUUUGUCGGUCCGGCAGUUUACUAUAGCUCCCAUCCCAGCAUUAUCCCACCUACGUUGUGCGCUUUCGAGCAAGAACUGCCGCGGACAGUCGUCAAAGAGAAGAAAUAUACCCACACAGUUCUGAACUAUGACCCUUUUAAACUCAGCAAGGAGGAGGAGGAGAAGCUGCUGCUUCUGAAUGCGUCGAAGGAAAAGUCAACCAUGGUUCGUUUCGAAAUACGAAACCUUUUGGACUUUUCGGGUACUGGGGAGUUUUCACGCAAGUCUUUCUCCAAAUCCAAAACGCCUCGGAUGUCUGUCGUUAGAUCUACUCGCUCGUCUGUAUUCCACGAGCCACUGUUAGGUGCUUCUUUUAAGGAGUUCAUCGAUGAUGUUCAUAGUGUUGAGGAUGAGUCGAUUCCGAGAAACAUUGGGAAAUAUAUCAAACUUGCUCCCCAGGAUGACGUGUUGCCCUACUUUCUAAUUCACCUUUGUGAACAGCUCAAGGGCAUGACGAUAGUAAAGGAACCCCAUGCGUUAGUGAUUUUGGUACCACUACCCACCUUGCAAGCUUCUGUACAGCUUCCCACCUUGCUUGAUAGCUCGUGCUACCAGAAGAUGUCAUCGGGACCAUUCUAA